AUGAAGGGCGAGAUUCUUCACCUUCACCUGGGCCAGGCUGGUGUCCAGCUGGGCAACUCUGCUUGGGAGCUCUACCUUCUCGAGCACGGCCUUGGCCCUGAUGGCCGCCCCGAUCCCAACGCGAAGGAUGUUGGCGACCCAGGUUCUUUCGAGACCUUCUUCACCGAAACCAGCAAUGGCAAGCAUGUUCCUCGAUCCAUCUUUAUGGAUCUCGACCCCUCUCCUAUUGACGAGAUCCGAACUGGUGCCUACCGCCAGCUCUUCCACCCCGAACUGUUGAUCAGCGGAAAGGAGGAUGCUGCCAACAAUUAUGCUCGUGGUCACUACACCAUUGGAAAGGAAAUGGUUGACAAUGUCAUGGAGCGCGUUCGCCGCGUCACUGACAACUGCAACUCUCUUCAGGGUUUCCUGAUCUUCCACUCCUUUGGUGGCGGUACUGGUUCAGGUUUCGGAGCUCUUAUGCUGGAGCGUCUGGCUACUGAGUAUGGCAAGAAGACCAAGCUCGAGUUUGCCGUUUACCCGUCGCCUCGUACCAACACUUCAGUUGUUGAGCCUUACAAUGCUGUCUUGUCCACUCACAGCACCAUUGAGAAUUCUGACUGCACCUUCCUCGUCGAUAACGAAGCUGUCUACGACAUCUGCCGCCGCAACCUCGACAUCACCCGCCCCUCUCACGAGCACCUCAACCGUCUCAUCGCCCAAGUUGUGAGCUCAAUCACCUCGUCUUUGCGUUUCGACGGUGCUCUCAAUGUCGAUCUCAAUGAGUUCCAGACCAACUUGGUUCCUUACCCGCGUAUCCACUAUCCCUUGAUCAGCUACGCACCCGUUGUUUCUGCCUCCAAGAGCAAGCAUGAGAGCUUCAAGGUUGCCGACCUCACCUUCCAGUGCUUCGAGCCGAACAACCAGAUGGUUGUUUGCGACCCUCGCAAUGGCAAGUACAUGGCUGUGGCUCUCCUGUACCGCGGUGACGUUGUUCCCCGCGACUGCACCGCCGCCAUUGCCCAGGUUAAGGCCAAGGCCUCGUUCAACCUGGUCGAAUGGUGCCCUACCGGUUUCAAGCUCGGAAUCAACUACCAAAAGCCCAUGGCUGUCCCCGCUCCUGCCGAAGACGGCGCCCUCGCAUCCGUCGAGCGAUCCGUCUCCAUGCUUUCCAACACCACCGCCAUCGCUGAGGCCUGGUCCCGACUUGACCACAAGUUCGACCUCAUGCACAGCAAGCGUGCCUUCGUCCACUGGUACGUCGGUGAGGGUAUGGAGGAAGGUGAAUUCACCGAAGCCCGAGAGGAUCUUGCUGCCCUCGAGAAGGAUUACGAGGAGGUUGCUGCCGAUGGUAUCGAGGCCGAGGAGGAGCUCGAGUACUAA